GAGAGAGAGAGAGAGAGAGCGCAGUUACCCUGCCCACUUCUACACAGCCAUUCAACUCCGGCAGACAGAAUCUCUGUGAGUCUCCACAGCACUGCACGUCCACAGGCACCAGGCGGGCCGGCCACUCAUCACACCAACUUCGUGGGGACAGCAGCCCAGCGCUGCUCCUCUCCAGAGCCAGCAGACCUCCUGCCCUCUCGCUCCGUGCGUCUCCUCUCAGCCAGGGAUUGUACUUUUUCCUCUGAAGUUACGCGCUCGUUCUGCCAAACUUUUUUCAAACUCACACACACGCGCGCACACGCACUUGCACGCACGUGAGCUGGUGUCCGGCUCUCUCCGGUGUGUGAACACAGACACGCCGCAGCCUCUUUGUCCUUCUGCCCGCGGGGGGGUGGGGGGGGAGCGUGUGUGUCUCUGAGCUCUUAAGCGCUGUUUCACCGCCUGCCGGCUGCGUCCGCCGCAGGAUGUCUUCACUGGUGCUGCUCACGGGAUUGUUGCUCCUGCUCUGUGGGAUCCUGGCCGGGGGGGGCUCUCCCACCCCCACUGGGGUCGCUGCAGGGCCGGCACUGGCCAAGGGGACUGAUCAGCUGUCGCCCCUGGCCACCGACUGCCCGUCCUGCGCGCUGGCACGGAUGGCAAGGGAGGGGGCAACGUCGGGUCAGCAGGACAUGGUGGAGGCGGUGAAGCGGCACAUCCUCAGCAUGUUGCACCUGAGCGCGCGGCCCAACAUCACGCAGCCGGUGCCCCGCGCCGCCCUGCUCAAUGCCAUCAAGAAGCUGCACGUGGGCCGCGUCAGCGACGACGGCAGCGUGCAGAUCGAGGACGAGGGCCAGAGCCGUGCCGAGAUGGACGAGCUGGCUGAGCUCACCUCCGAGAUCAUCACCUUCGCCGAGGCAGGAGAUUCUCCAGAUGCCAUCAACUUUCAGAUCUCGAAAGAAGGCAGCGACAUGUCUCUGGUGGAGCAGGCCAAUGUCUGGCUGUUCCUCAAGCUGGCCAAGACUAACCGCAGCCGGGCCCGGGUCACCAUCAGGCUGCUGCAGCGCCAGCAAGCCCCGGACGGGCAGGUCCGUGAAGUGUCCAUAGCACAGAAGGCUGUGGACACGCGCCGCAGUGGCUGGCAUACGUUCCCAGUGUCGGGCGCCGUGCAGAAGCUGCUGGAGCAGGGCGCCAGCACGCUGAGCCUGACGGUAUCUUGCGAGCAGUGUGCCGAGUCCAACGCCACGCCGGUGCUGGCUCCGGCGUCCAAUCGCGAGCGCGAGCAGUCCCACAGGCCCUUCCUCAUGGUGGUGGUGCGCCAAGCCGGCAACCAGCCACACCGGCGCCGCAAGCGAGGCCUUGAAUGUGACGGCAAGAUCCGCAUCUGCUGCAAAAAGCAGUUCCACGUCAACUUCAAGGACAUCGGCUGGAACGACUGGAUCAUCGCCCCCACCGGUUACCACGCUAACUACUGUGAGGGUGACUGCCCCAGUCACGUGGCCAGCAUCACAGGCUCCUCCCUCUCCUUCCACUCAACGGUGAUCAACCAUUACCGCAUGCGUGGCUACAGCCCCUUCACAAACAUCAAGUCGUGCUGCGUGCCCACGCGCCUCCGCGCCAUGUCCAUGCUAUACUACAACGAGGAGCAGAAGAUCGUCAAGAAGGACAUCCAGAACAUGAUCGUGGAGGAGUGCGGCUGCUCCUAAGGUCCCCGGGACGUGGGAAAGCAUCGGCCCACUACGCCUGUGCGUCUGUGAGGGGGGAGGCGGGCCUGGGAUCAAGGGGGGCGGGGCAGGGCAAGCGCGGCCACCAAGCCGCCAUCCCGCCGCUGGUCAUGGACUCGAAGCCUUACUUUGAGACAACGCCAAAUUGUUCGGCAGUGAGUGAAGCUGACGGGAGGACAGUCUCUGUGGCACUUUCAGAUUAAGAAAAAGAGAGAGAUACGUAAUAUAUUUUUGUUACAAAUGGAGGUACGGCGGGGAGGACAGAGUAUUUAUGUGGUGAGGUACAGCGGGGUUGGGGGGUGUGUG